AUGUUCCGAGCUGUGUUGUUGGUUAGUUUGGCGCGCUUGGUUUUGUCAUCGUAAGUCCAAAAAAAUUUGUCAUCUAUUCGGCCAAUUGCAGACCGCUGGAGAAGACUCUGCCAAAGAACGAUGAAGAAGGCGAUAUCCAUGCUGUAAUUGUCGUUGGCUCCGAAGGAUUUGACAAUUAUCGGCAUCAAGCGAACGGAUGUCAUGCCUACCAUGUUUUGAGGGAGCACGGCGUCAAAGAGGAAAAUAUCAUCACGAUGAUGUAUGAUAACAUCGUCAACGAUACACUGUAGGAUCUGACAUUGAAGUGUUUACUUGUUGCGCGACCUAGCGAGUCAUGUCCUACGAGACUUAGGCCGGCCCAGGCGGCCAGUAUAAAAUAAUUAAGCGACUGGCGCAUGCAGCGGCGGACCUGAUCCAGUGUCCAAAAACGUCUCCAUUUUGCAUCCGGGAAGCAUCAAAAACGCAGCAAAAUACCUCCCUGUCCAAGUGAAAUUACUCCAAAUACGCCCGCCAUUUUUGUGAGAGAAAGGAGUUUUUUAGUUACAAAGGGAGGUGUUUUGCUGCAUUUUUAUAAAACAGGAAAAGAUGAGCCUACUUCUACCGUACAGAAUAAUGUUUUCACAAAAAAUGAAUUUUUCCGCACGAAAAAGGCAAAGAUAUGGCAAAAAAAGUGUUUUUUCUCUUCCCGCUCUUUGCGACUUGCGUACUCUCUCGGCCGAAAAAAUCAUUGAAUAUAUUCCGUUACGACCUUGGCCUAAUUUUUUGGACAACCGCAACAACAUGAUUUUCAGGAACCCACACCGCGGAAAACUGUUCCACGACCCCAGCUUCAAAAGAGACGUCUACGACGGUUGCCAAAUUGAUUACAAAGGGAAGAAUGUAACAGUUGAGAACUUUAUUCACGUCCUCACCGGGAACAAGACCAACGAAGUUCAGAGGGUGCUGAACAGUACCGAAAACGACCGCGUUUUCGUGUAUUACACUGAUCAUGGCGGGAAAAGACUACUUCAAUUUCCCGAUAAUUUACUGACAGACAAGCAGCUUCUCGACGUGUUGAAGACCAUGCAGACCAAGCGAAUGUUCAAGGAAAUGCUCCUUUUUGUGGACGCUUGCUUCUCCGGCAGCAUGGUGGAGGAGACCUUGAACGGCUUUGACAACAUUCUGGCCCUCACCUCGGCCAACAACAACGAGAGCUCCUACGAAACGUACUGCUACAAUAUCUCGGGUUCGUUGAUGGAGUGGUGCUUGGCCUCGCAGUUCGGCGCGGCGUGGAUGGAGUACGCGGAAGCGAAUGAUUUGAACGAAAAAACCAUCAAAGAGCAGUACGACUAUGUUAGAGUGCGCACGAACGAAAGUCAUGCCGGGAUGUACGGAAAUAAAGAGAUGGGAAAGAAGAGGAUCAGCGAGUUCUUGGGAACAAAGCUUCCGAAAGUCAACAGAACCCUCGACUUGACGGUGAGCUUUGUUUGUCAGCAAUGGAAAGAUGGUUUUAUUAUUUUAGAAGGCUCGUCCAUACACUACAACAUCAGAAUGCCCUGCUCAUGGAAAGAGGUGCCAGAACUGCAAGGGAGAAUGA